AUUGUUUUCAGUUGAUGAAAAACGCUCGCUCGGAACGGUUUGCAAUCGCGGAGACCUCUCCGGUAGUCGUUACUAAUUUAGUUGUCUAAUAUAUGCGCGCAGCGAAGGAAAAACGGAUCAGUCGCGGGGCCGAGAUGAACCGCGGAAAGUGAAAAGUGUACUGCUGCAGGGCAGAAGACCACAAGUUAAAAUUAGUGAAAGAACCACACUGCGACACAAAAUGAUCAAGUGAAGAACGCGUUUUAUGUUUGUGCCUCAGUGAACAGAGAAUAAGGUGUUGUUUUUAGCUGUAAGAAACAGACCCCGCUUAAAUGUUUUGUGAUUUACUGGAUUUUAUUUGUCCGCCGACCACGAAGCAGUUGUCAGCAAAGUCCGAGAAAGAUUCGCAACCGCAGCGAGAACAGGAGAACGCCGAGGCGAUCCGCGACCAAAUCCAUCACUGUCAGCAGCCAAUCACGAACCGUCAUGGAUUACAUCGGAUAUACAAUGAACAUUUGUUUAAUUCUUUUCAUGAUUUCCGUCACCGGCAGCCACUGCCAGUACUACAGCAACCGUGAUAUCAUUCUGACACCACACCAGCUUAAAACCUACCCGGGCAAGAUUUUGUACUACCGACCCACCGAGUUUGCCACCGGUCCGGGGGUCCUGGACAAUGUCGUUCCUGCACAGCAGGGAGGAGCCAUCAGUACGACGGCGGUACCCUGGGAGGAGGUACUGAAGGAAACGGUUUUCCUAGCACUGAACGAUAAUAAAACUAGUGCCCAGUCAACCGAUGGGAAUAGCAUGACCACCAAUCAGCCACUGUAUAUUACGCGGCAGCAGAAGGCCAUCUAUGCGGCACCGUAUAUCGGUAUGGUGGACUUGAGUGUGCCCCGCUUCGGCGAUAUUGUGGAGUUGGCCCAUGGGCGGUUGGAAAAGGAGAACGAUGAUGCGUACUACUUUGUCCAAGAUGAUUCCGCUAAUCCGCACGCGAAUGGGCGCAAUGUGAGUGCCUACUGGAAGGUGGAACGCAUACGACAUCGGGACGAACAGCGUGGCCAUCGGUACGAAUUGAAGUUUACCGUUGCACCCAUCAAGGAUUACUUGCUCGACGAGAAUGCCAUCGUAAACAGAAGUUUCGUUGUUCGUGAUGAGGAUUAUCCGCGUUAUUUCGGAUUUGUGUCCCCGAAUUCGAUUCCGAUGACGAAGAAGAGCGAUCAGUUUAUGGAUCGAGCUGUGUUUGAUCCGGUCAUGCCGUAUCAUCCGGCAUACAGCAACAGAUUAUACCGUCCAACGCAGGCCACAAUGACCCUUGGCGAGUAUCUGAUUCAGUCGCUUUUCUCCAGUGGUGACAAUGCACCGAAGCUAAGUAAAUUCGCCCAAAAAUCGUUCCGUUCGUUCAACAGAGUUAAGUUCCCGGACAGUGCCGUCUUCGACAGCCGAACAUCUCCCAAGUAUUAUCACCACAUCCACUUCCAGAGACCGUCGAUUGCUCCCCUAGCGCCGACUCUUCCACCGAGUCCACCGUUGAUCAAGGACCUUCACAUCCCAGCUUCAAGUAAUAUCCAACAAGAUCAAGCACAACUGGUAGAUUUCCGAGGAACUACCGAAAGUCUGGAUAUUAAACAAAGCACUGAAAGCAAUUUUGUAACCAAACCGCCCGUCCAGCAACCUCAAGUGAUAAUGCAAAAUGCAAGAUAUCCUUCGCCCAUGCUGGCUAUACAACCGUACGCUCAUCAUCACCAUUUACAACAACCUAUUGCUCAACAGACUCAGCAACAACAGCAGCAGUUUCUACCACAACAACAGCAACCACAACAACAACCAUUGAUAGCACAACCAUUCCCACCAAACAUGAACACGAACGCCAAUUUCAAUCAAUUGCAAAAUAAUCCCCCUCCCGCACUGCAACCACUCCCACCGAAUCUAGUUCAAUCGAUCCCAAUCUACAACCCUCAGAGUGGAGUCAUGCUAAACCAUAUUCCCAUCUCCCCGAACCACAUGAUCCAAAUGCCACAAGCUCCAAUCGCAAUCCCAGUGCACGUCCAGUUACUGCCACAGCAAGGACAAGUUUAUACCCCUCAACAAGACGGACAGCACGCCGUUCCCAUUCGCAUCAUGCAACCGGCUCCCGUUCAGAUCUACUCGCCAGUCAAUCCUUUCCUUGCUCCUCAGCACUACCCUGCCUUCAUGGUGCCCAGAUAUCACAACCAGACAACGCACUUCCCGCACCACACGCCCAACAGUAUUCCGACAACACUGAAAUACAGCACACCUAACGUGGCCUACCAGCCUUAUAAGUACACUCCUCAGCCAUCCACUAGUCCAGUCGGUAGCCCAACCGCCGCCCAGCAUCGCUAUUCACCACAGCCAACGGUUCAAUCCUCAACGGUUGGUCAGCGGGAAAAGUUCACCCCGUCAGCUUUUCAACCCGUCACGAACAGCACCGCUUCGCCGUAUAAUUAUAACCCGGACGCCGACACCGCCGGAAGCUCACCGAUCGAUUCUGCUUCGCCCAAAUUUCAAUCAUUUGGGAUAGAAAACGCAGUCACACCGAAAACCACAACCGUACUCCCAGUCGCCACAGCUAGCGACAGCUCGUUCACACCCUCGAUCGGUCACACAUCCUCGGUUCACAGUGGCUUCUUUAGCAACUUCCUCGAAGACAAGGGGAGCACCGGGGAGAGUGGCAAACUGUUCUCGGACCCAGAUCCACUGUACCACAAAACCGCAGGAACCACAACGCCAAUUUCCAUAACAAGUCCUAGUCCGUCCGCGUCCUCCACCUCCUACUCAUCCUUCUCUUCCUCUUCAUCCGCUUCCUCAUCCUCAUCCUCCUCAGGAACAUACACAAACACCGCAGGUCCCAGCUUUACGCCCAAAUUCACCUCACAACACCCCUAUAAACCCUCAGCAACGAGUGUUCCUCAACAGAUAGAAACGCCAAUCUCGUCAACGCUCAAGAGUUAUCACUAUCUGAACCACGACAGUUUCGAUUUCGUACCAUCCCGAGUAGUUGAACUGGCUCACGUCAAAAAGAUCCCCAAGAAACAAGGUUCCAAACGAAAGAACCCUGCCAACCUUCACCAAGUGACGGUGACCAGCCAUAAACCGUUAAAAUUCAGUGAAUCGCCCGACCACGCCUCUACUAAUCGCCCAGAAGCACAGCUGAGCGUUCAGCUACCUCCGCCGGACAAAGAAUACACCACCUACUACGGAACCCUCAAGCAAAGCCAUAAGGUACAAAAGCCUAAAAACUAUGUCACUCAACCCUACAUCAGUUCCUCAACAACGCCGUUCCCCACAUCACUGACCACGCCGGCAUCUUCGAUAAGCACUAGCACAACACCGAGUCCAGCGUCUGUCUCCGCUACCACCAGCAGCCUGCCGACAUCAUUAGUUUCUGAGAAACCAUUCACUCACUACCAGCCGUACUUUAAAAACAAGAACGAGAAAUCCGACGAUAUCAUAACCACCAUGCGACCCCGUCUAGUCAUCAAAACCAUCUACAAGCCCUACCCGAGCUCAUCGUCCACCAUUAACUCACUAGGUGCGGGUGUUUCUACCGAGAAACCAAUCCUCAAGUGGGUCCCCAAGCGGCUACGAAACAAGACCAACAGCACCAGCACAGAACGUUCCAGUUCUAGCUCGUCUUCGGCAAGCAUCGAGCAACUGUCUGCUUCCGCAGAGCACUCAACUACCAUAGAUGCAUCCACCAGCAAACAAGCGCAAACAUCCACCACCGCAGCAGGUAUCUCCCGACCAAGCCUCGAAAACCAGGUAAACCGACUGCGAGCUUCCCGUGGCCGUUCCCGGUACACCCAUCGUCGUUUCACCACUCCAGGAACACCAACGGCAUCUCAAAACGCAGUUAAGGUCAAAAGAAUUCGAACGACUCCAUCGACUACCACCACCAGCACUACGGCCCCUACCAUAGCAUCCACGGUCAAACCAAUCUCCGGUGUAACCUCAUCGAUCUUCGACAGCAGCCGACUGGAAAGUCCCCAACAACCUCCGGUCACCACCGAAAGUAGCCACAAGGAAGACAGUGGUGUCGCAGUUCCCCUCGUCAGCGAAAACAGCAGUAAAGAGAAAUCGAAACGAGACGCGGAAACCGAAGAAAACGAAGUACUGGUUGCCGAACCGCUAGUCUCCAAACUGGCAAUAACAACCGGCCCCGCGGCUGAUUACGACAUGAUUCAGGCAGACAUUAAACCCGUUGAAACCAACGCCACCAACAUCCUGUUGUUCACAGCUAGUGAUGCCAGCGUAGGUCCCUCCUCAUCAUCAUCCCGAUCCUUCCAAUCCCCAUCGUUUGACGAUUUGACAAUGUCCAUCAUCAACCAUGCUCGAGCUUUGGCCAAUCAAACGCAAAAGCCGGCGGACGCGGAUGCAAAUGCGGAGCAGACAUCUCAAACCGAAGAAAUUCAACACAAGGCACCCGAGAUAACGGAGACCACGGUGCCGAUGACCACGGUGACCAGCACCAGCGCGCCGUCAGUGGAAAGCACAGCGCACGACGGCAGCAGUGAGGCGCAGACGGAACCAACCGACGCUACCGCAGCGACUGUCGUCGACCAGACCGAGUCCGACAGCGACAGCGAUAGCGGGAGCGAAACGACUGUUAGUGUAGACGUUUAGUGCGCGAGUGAGUGGAUACCACUGAGUGUGAAGUCGAACAAGUUAUUAGCUAGAGUUAAGGUGACCCCACCCGGGCAGCAGAGUAGUGUAAAGCGUAAUUUAUGAUAUUUAACAUUAAAGGAGUAAGAAGAAACCAAAAUAAGAAGAAGAAAAAUCGUUAUCUAGUGGACUGUGAAAGAGACAAAGAAAAAUAGUAGACAUGUGAAACCGAACAGAGAACUGAGAACCGCCGGAUGCAGCCGAUCCGAGAGCGACGAAAACAGAAGAGUGAGCGAGUAGAGCUUUAAGUCGACGAAGAGAGAAGAAGCUGUGGCGCAACUGUUGAGAGAGAAAAUUGUGUUAUUUUGUUUAUGUCAAAAUAAAACGAUAAUUUAUGAUUUCCUAGUU